AUGGGGCUCAAAAAGGCCAAAUUAAGGUCUUGUAUGGUGAAUCUUUGCGGAUUCACCGGAGAUAGCAUUGCUAGCCUUGGCAUAAUCAAGCUGGCAUUAACUUUAGGUGAGGCACCUUUAACUACUACUAUUAUGCAAGACUUCUUGGUUGUUGACCUGCCCUCGGCUUACAACAUAUUGUUGGGUCGACCUGCCCUCGGCUUACAACAUAUUGUUAGGUCGUCCACCACUCACCGGACUCGGGGCAAUGGCGUGGGAGUGGUGCAUGGUGACCAGAUGCUGGCUCGCGAUUGCUAUCACAUAGAGUUGCAGCAUAGAAAGGGUGGUCAUCAGUUAAUGACGAUCUUGGUAGGAGAAAACGAGAAGAAAGAAGAAGAUCUUGAUCCCCGAGUUAGGGAUGAAAGAAACCUGCUAAAACUAAUUCAAAAAUUGGAAGAGAAUCAAUUUGCCUGGAGUCGUGGGGAUAUGAUAGGUAUUGACCCUAAGAUUAUCUUCCAUCACUCAAAUGUUGAUCCAAACUAUCCGGUGAAGAGACAAAAAAGGAGGCCCCAGGAUUUUGAGAGGCAAGGGGCACUAAAACAGGAAGUUGACAAGCUGUUAGUCAGCAAUUUUAUAUGCGAGGUGUUUUAUCCCUCAUGGAUAGCCAAUCCUGUUCUCGUCCCGAAACCUAACGGAACUUGGAGAACUUGUAUUGACUUCUCCGUUCUGAAUAAGGCGUGCCUUCCACUUCCUUGA